CUUGUGUGAUUGGCCAACGGCUGGAAAGUAUACAGAAUUUUAACAUCAAACCUCGGCGAACGCUGAAAGGUCACCAGGGCAAAGUGCUAUGCAUGGAUUGGUCGUCAGAUAAACGUCACAUUGUUAGCUCUUCUCAGGAUGGGAAAAUGUUAAUAUGGGAUGCAUUUACAACCAACAAGGAACAUGCGAUCACUAUGCCGACAACAUGGGUCAUGGCUUGUGCAUAUGGUCCCUCUGGCAGUGUGGUGGCUUGUGGGGGCUUGGACAAUAAGUGCACACUGUACCCCCUGAGUAUGGAUGAGGAUCCAGUGACCAAGAAAAAAGCUGUUGCCACACACACAUCGUACUUGUCGUGCUGUUCCUUCACCAGCUCAGACCAUCAGAUUUUGACAGGCAGUGGAGACAGUACGUGUGCCCUGUGGGACGUGGAGAGCAGUCAGCUGAUACAGAGCUUCCACGGCCACGCGGGGGACGUCAUGAGUAUUGACUUGUCACCGACAGAGACAGGGAACACGUUUGUCUCUGGGGGUUGUGACAAAAUGGCAAUGGUGUGGGACAUGAGGACUGGAGAUUGCGUGCAAGUCUUUGAUGGACAUGAGUCUGAUAUAAACAGUGUCAAGUUUUACCCAAGUGGAGAUGCUUUUGCCACAGGCUCUGAUGAUGCCACGUGUCGUCUGUUUGACUUGCGGGCAGACAGAGAGGUUAACUGCUACAAAAAGGACAGCAUUAUAUUUGGCUGUAAUGCUGUAGACUUUUCAAUCAGUGGUCGCAUCUUGUUUGGAGGCUACAACGACUACACAAUCAAUGUGUGGGAUGCCCUGAAGGGUACACGUAUGACUAUACUGUAUUGCCACGACAACCGAGUCAGCUGCUUAGGAAUUGCCCCUGACGGCACUUCUUUGUGCACUGGCAGUUGGGACUAUACACUGAGAGUGUGGGCUUGAUGUGUGACGUGGACUUGAAGAAAGAAGACAGAAAUAAAGCGCUCACAGAGGAAGAGCGAGCAGUACUUAGAUGGCAUGAUAUUGCCUUACUCCAAGACCCCAACGACGUAAUGUCAUAUCAAGAUCUAGUCUCACCUCAGUUUUAUCUACUUUCGUUUAUUGAUGUACUGGGAUAUUGUCGUUCAUAACUUCUCUGUAUCACUUAGAUUUUCAGAAUGUUUGUGUCUUUAAGAAAUAGUGGACCACAACUGUAUAUUUUGGGGAAUUUAGUGUGAGAAAAUGAGUGACUGAAGCAUUUAAAUGGAGAAAAUGAUUAGAUAAAGUCUUAAAGAGUGAGAUGUCUUGAUUGUUUUGAAAGUUUUUAACAUUAUUUUUGUGUGCAAGCCGUGGUUGUAGUUUUAAGGGAGAUGAUGAUUUACUGUGUAAGAUUAUGGUGCUUACGACUGUCUCUAGUCAUUGAUGAGAUUUUUGAAAAUGUGCAUGUAGAGACUGUCCCAGCUUGGUGGGUAUAAGUGCAUGACAUAUUGUAUACACAAUACUUUAUCAAAAAUAACAGUGACAAAAGUAUGCUCUUCCACACUAUGUUGACUGGUUAUAUUUGUAUUUUUCAACAUUCUGUUAAAUUGUUGUUUUCUUUUUUCAAGAUCGUUAUUUUACUAAAUGAAUCUCACCAUUUGUCAAUUUCUCUUAACUCUUAGUUUGCAAGAGAAAGAUGUAUUUUGUGAAUAUGGUGCUCUAUUUUGUCUUUUGGUUCAGUUGAGUGCGAGAAUAUUUUCAGCUUGAGGAAUUUUUACUCAAGUAUUACGUUUUUUAAAUAUUAUGUGGAGUGCGGGAUGACAAUGGAAAAGGUAACAUGAAUUUGAAUUGUGGCAAAGUCCAUGACUCAGGUGUGGGGGAAAAAAGUUGCAGUGUGUUGGACAGUAAAGCUAAUGUAAGGUGUAUUUGAAUUAUUUUUUGAAUACGCUGGAACAAAUUUAUCAAAGUUUUUCUUAAGCUGUUCUUGUAAAUGUGUUGUAUACUCUUUAUUUUCUCAUUUUGGUGUAAAUUUCUACUAAUGGUCAUGUGCAGUAAGAAUGGAGACUUUUGUUUUUGUUUGUGUUGCAUGCAUAAUUCACGUCUCAGAAUUCCUUGCACCUAGUUACUCCCUAUGUAUCUGUGCUCAGCAGAUAAGUCUUCUAGUUUGCUUUUGCAAUUGUCAAGUUGAUAAGUAUUUUUCAUCUUGAGUAUUUUCAAGCAUAAUUUUUUUGCCUACAUCAACCAAUUUUUUAUCACCUAAUCUGUUCACUUUAUUUAUUUAUUUUUUUCAUUUUCUCUUAAUUUUUUUUUUUUAAACAUUAUUUAGAUGGUUUUGUUACAUUGUGGUGCAUGACAGUUGUUUUGUUGAAUUUUUAUGUACUGUGAAAUCCUCAUCAAUGUGCUAAUAAUAUAUUCUAAUGCUCAUAAGCUCACCUUUGCUUGGUUUUAAUUUGACUGAUGAACAAAUCUAUUUCCUAUUUAUUAUUUCUCAUGGAUAACAUUGUGCAUUAUGAUGUAUUUUUUUCCUUAUGUGAUACAAAUGGUGAAAUGAGCCCAAAGCAUACCUGUUGAACUUUCAGUAGAUUUUUUUUUGCUUGUGUCUAAAUAAUGUAAAGGUAAAUAGUGCCUGCCCGCCUGCUGUAGAUGAUAGAUAAUUUCUUUAAGAAUAUGUUAAAUCGCUUUUCCUUUUAGUAAAAAAACAAACUGUUGUUGAUGAUUCCAUUUGAACGUAAAAAGAUAUAAAAAAUAGUGCCAAAUUCUGAAACCA